AAUUCAUGGCCAUUCAUUAUUCUUCUGUCAAUUCCUCAUCGCUCUCUACUAAUGCACCUUCUACAUCCCACUUCCCAGGUGAUCUCAGUGUCCCGCAUUUUCUAAUUAUUUGACGAAGCUUUCACCGACAUUCCUCUGAGUGUCGGUUCUAUUUCCGGAAAUGCAGCCGCUCAGCAUCCGAACGGAAAUGGGUUACUUUUUGGUGAGCCUUCCUCCUUUCCCAGCUUUGUAAUGCUGACCGUCAAUUGAUGGGUUCGAUAUAGUAACAGUUGCAGAGCAGAGGUUACUGAGGUUGUCACUGGGCUUGUUAUGCAUUAGUUAUCAUUUGCAGAGAGAUCGCUACUGAUCUUUACUCCAGAAUCGUAGCUUUUCGUAGUUCGGUUCUCUGCAAUAUGACAGUUACUGGACUCUCUGGUUCCAUCACUUGUAAUAUUAGCAUUAACAGAUGCGGAAGUAGAUCAGUUAAGAACGCAGCAUACAAAUUCGGGUCCAAUACCUCAAGGAAAGGUCGUUAUGAUCGUUGCUUUGCCCCGUGUGUUCCUAGAGGAUUGAGCUUCAACAAUGUUGCUAGGCGUUGUCGAUUGAUAAGUGAACAACAAACUUCGGAUUAUGAACUGAGUUCCUCUAGUGUGGAGGAUAGCGUAGCAUCGAAAAAUGUCCAAACUGAGCUUAUAAUGCUUUCUUUACCGGCAAUUGCUGGACAAGCAAUUGAGCCCUUGGCACAACUGAUGGAAACUGCCUACAUUGGAAGACUGGGGCCCUUGGAGAUGGCAUCAGCUGGUCUUUCUAUGUCAAUUUUCAACAUCAUAUCGAAAGUUUUCAAUAUCCCUCUUCUCAGUGUGGCAACAUCAUUUGUGGCCGAAGACAUAUCACAGAAUGCAACCAAGGGAUCCAACUCAGGUAUUGAAGGAAUGGGUGAAAGAAAGCAACUGCCCUCUGUCUCUACUGCAUUGCUUUUAGCAGUUGUUAUUGGUAUCUUCGAGGCUUUGGCAAUGUACCUUGGGUCUGGAGUAUUUCUGAACAUAAUGGGCAUUUCAUCUGCUUCAUCAAUGCGCAUUCCAGCAGAACAAUUUCUUUCGCUUAGAGCAAUUGGUGCCCCUGCAGUUGUUGUUUCUCUGGCAAUUCAAGGCAUCUUCCGUGGAUUUAAGGAUACAAAAACCCCUGUAUUAUGUCUAGGAUUGGGAAAUUUGUCGGCUGUUUUCUUAUUUCCUUUUCUUAUGAAUUUUCUCCGCUUGGGCGUAGUUGGUGCUGCCAUUUCCACUGUUGUGUCUCAGUACAUUGUCACAUUUUUAAUGAUCUGGUUUCUUAACAAGAGGACUGUAUUAUCACUUCCUAGUAUGAGAAGUUUGCAUUUUGGUGGUUACCUAAGAUCGGGUGGUUUUCUUCUUGGGAGAACCGUAGCUGCUGUUUUGACCAUAACUUUGAGCACAUCAAUGGCUGCUCGUCUAGGACCAUUAUCUAUGGCAGCUCAUCAGAUAUGCUUGCAAGUAUGGUUAUCUGUAUCUCUCCUUGCUGAUGCGCAAGCUGCGUCUGGUCAGGCUCUUAUUGCAAGUUCUUUUGCUAGAGGUGACUUCAGCACUGUGAAAGAAAUUACUUACUUUGCGCUAAAGACAGGGUUAUUCACUGGCGUUUCCUUAGCCAUCAUAUUGGGUGUGUCUUUUGGUUCUUUGGCUACAUUGUUCACUAACGAUUCUGGAGUAUUAGAAAUUGUUAGAUCUGGCUUGCUGUUUGUAAGUGCCAGCCAACCUCUCAACGCUUUGGCUUACAUAUUUGAUGGUCUCCAUUAUGGCAUUUCAGAUUUUUCAUAUGCUGCUUGCUCUAUGAUGGUUGUAGGAGCAAUUUCCUGCACAUUUUUGCUCUACGCUCCCUCUAUGAUUGGUCUCUCAGGAGUUUGGUUUGGCUUAGCUCUUUUCAUGGGCCUGAGAACAUUGGCUGGAUACAUGAGAUUAUUAUCAAAAAAUGGUCCGUGGUGGUUCUUGCAGCAGGACAUCCAAGACUUUGAGGUUGUUUCAGAGAGGAAGUGAAUUCUUAUUCAUUGCAUCUUGAUAACUUUUCAUUAGAUCUUUAAUGCAUCAUUCAUUAGAUCCUAUUCUGCCAGUUUUAGCAAUGGCUACCAUACAAAACCCUUUUUUUCUUCCCUCAUCGAAUAGUGCAAAAUAGGAUGGAUCAAGGAUACCUUUACUUCUUUUUAUAAGUGUAAGGGCAAUGGCACCUUUACUACUAGUGUUGUUGAUGAGCCCAAAGUACUGAUUAGCAUACAAACUGAGGUUGUUAGAGGGGGUCCUUAUAUAAGUUGAGGUUAAAUUGUGAGAGUACUCUCUCUCGCUCGCUCGCUCGCUCGCUCACACGCACACACACGUGUGCAAUAGCAGACACUGUCACUCUAUGAAAAUUUCUUGUAAUGGACUCAUGAAGUCUUAAUAGUCUGUUUGUUACUUGUGCAUCCAGAUUGCCACUUGAGCUGAGGACCGUGCGGCCAUACAUGCUAUAGUAGAUGUUUGGGAUGUAUACUCUUCUUUUCUUUUUGACCCAGAUUGCAGGUUAAUAUGGUUGCCGAUGUAUACUCGAUGUUUAGGCACUCAGCUCUGCAAAUAGUUCCUUUUUUUUAGCUACUUUCAUUUGAUAUGGUCUUUAAAUAUAUGCCAUUGGAUCAUAGAUCUCAUCACAAGGGAUAAAAUAUGUUGUAUGGGUUACUUUCAACUUCUUCAGUUUGGCAUAUGAUUUUAAUGUCUUAUUCUUGC